AUACACGCUUGAUUCGAUCCCUAUGCUCGGCUCGAAUGUACGAGUCGUCUCGAGUUUUCCCGAAACGACCGCCAGAGGCGCUCUAGGUUACGUUCGGUAGAGGCUCGAACAGAUAGUCGUGAAACCGCCAGUCGUGCGGACGAUUGUGUGUCGUUGCUCCGUUUGUGUUUAUAUAUUCGUUUCGUUCGCCGCGAUACGUGGCCGUUUCCAUAUAUCGUUCGAAAAAUAGUGAUUAGUGUCCCUGUGCUUGGAAAAAGGAAAGCAAUAUGUCGUCCACUCAUCCUAACUGUUCGCGCGCAUUCCUUGAACGCGAUGACGGCCACGCCGGACCACGAGCAAACCCGAUCUUGUCGUAGUGAGUCAGACCCUUUUACUUUUCUUCGUACCUCGUGCCCGGUCGACCACUUCGAGUCCUUUCUAUCCAUGAGAUCGUGUUCGACGUAUCUGUGCACGGGACAAAAGGCAGUUCUCGUUCGUAUUCCAUUCUUUCGACGCGCAAUUCGUUUCGAAACGAAUAGUCGAAGUCGUGCCAUUCGCAUAUACGUGUCAGUCAAAAGUGUUACGUGCAUUUCUGGAACUAUUUCGCCCACUUUUGACUACGAAGUGUGCAUUUUAUAUAUCGUUGUGUGAACUAUGCGGUGUACCGUUUAUACGCAGUACACGUUUGUGUAUCGUUGUCGAUUACGAUCGAUCGAAAAAAAGCAAGUGCGACGAAAAAACGCAAAUCCGAUGAUAAACGGAUGCCAUUCAAUAAAUUCGUUCGUAAAUAAUCGUUCGUAAUUUUCGAAUUUUUGUAUUGAGCGUAUAAUAUGGUCGACUAUGCCAGAGGAUCCACCAAUCGACUGAUCAACAGAGGUCACCGGUGACGACAGUCGAGCGAAAACAUUGGUCAGUAGUAAAAACACGACUUAUAGUUCAACGUUUAGCAUUAUCUGUACAAAAUAGUCCGUGUAUAUAGCGAGAACGACGGUUGUAUGUUUUUCUUGAUACACGUGCUUCUGCGUGCCGCACAAUACGUCGCCAUCUAUAUUUAGUGGCAUCGUUCGGAGUGAGAAAUUCGUGAAGCCCUCAAUCGUUGUGCAUUCCUCUCGGUCCUUCGAAAUCUCUUUGCCUCGCUUUCUAACACACGAGGCGUGAAGAAAGAAACGACGUAAGGUGAAUUUAAGCGAACUCCAUCGAUUUCUGGACGAACAACGCCAUGGUGUAUUUGAAUAAACUUCUCUCGCGGAACUGGUAGAAUGGUGAAUGUGUAACGUUUUUAACGAUUCAAUGCGGCAUAAAGGGGCAUCCAUAAUUGCGUAACACUUAUUUCGAACCCGUCAAUAGAAACUAUUGGUACGGAUAGUAUGAAUCGAUUCUAUCGAACGAUUGUCGAAUAACUAGUCAUUCAAACCGUGAAACGUGACAUGUAAGGACCGAAGACAUGUUGAACGCAGAGAACACCGACGGGUCACCGAAACGGAGAUCGACCUUUUACGUAUCUUUAGAUAACGAUACGAGACAACCCUCGAAAAUUCCAAAAACAAUCAAUUCCGAUUCCGACAAGUAUAUUAACAAUACUUUCCCCAUAAAUACCUCGAAAACAGUACCGAAUGUAAUUUUAACGCGUACGUUAAGCAACAACGAUUCCUUGCCGAAUCCGAAGCGUGUGGAGGAUUCGUUUCCCGAGUCUAGAGGCAAAGUGCAAUCUUUGACAAAGAUAUUCGAGACCCCGAAGGGGGAUCAGGUGACGAAUGGAUCCGACCAAAGGAAAAAGGUCGAGAGGACCAGAUCUUUUAAGACUAUCGAGAGGUUCCAGAGUCGAUUCACUGGUCGAAAAGAUACCAGCAGAAAAGACAAUCGUUUGAAUAAUACCAUAGCGUGUUUCGAAGUGGAGGACGAGGAUUCGAAGAAGAAACCGGAAACGGAUAAACGUUCGAACUCGAAAAAUCACGAUUCAAAAUCGAGCAAUGUUAUGAAAAUUAAUUCUUCGGAAUCGAGGAUCAAACAGAAUAGCGGUACCACGUUCACCAACUUGUUGAUACGUAGAACUCACAGUACGAAAUUAGCCAGAAGUACAAGCACGUUAGUGAAGACGCCUGGCAGACACGCGUCGGUCGACAGUCCUUGCAGCGUCGCGACGCCAGCCAAAAGCGAGAAUCAUCAUCGGUCGAGUAGCGAGAAAUCGAAAGAAGACGAGACACCGGACGAUUCUGUCGCGGAUAACGACGAGGGAACCGAGUCAUCUGUGUUCGAGGACGCCGACGCGGACGCUGGGAUACAUUCAGACACGUCCUACGAGAAGGCCUGUCGAAGGGGUAGCGCGCCCGCCACCCCUGUCCUCGGAGCACGACCCUUGGACGUCACCCCCAACAGAAUCCUUAACAGUUUUUCCCCUCGGUCGUUCCGCUCGAACCCGUUGAAGAGGACGAAGAGCGUGACGAAGCUCGAGCGACAGAAGCAACGCGGCGCCGGACUUCGGGGUUGCCGUUCACACGAGUCCCUCCUCUGCGGGCAGGCGGUGACCUCGAUGGACCUCGCGGCCGUGACACCGCUGCAUCCGAGCCUGCUCGGCAGACCUCACUGCUUCCAGGUCACGCCCAGCACCGGUGGGCCCAAGUAUUUCAGUUGCAGGACCGCUCACGAACGGGACCAGUGGUUACACAGCUUGAGGAAAUCCGUUCAACCUGACGCGGAGCAAACGAGGCGCACGGACAAUUCGUUGCAAAUAUGGCUGCUCGAGGCGAAGGGUGUGCCGGCCAAGAAACGAUAUUUCUGCGAGGUGUGCCUGGACAGCACUCUGUACGCGAGGACCACGGCGAAACUGAAGGCCGACCUGUGCUUCUGGGGCGAGCACUUCGAUUUCCAUCACUUGCCUUCCGUCAACACCAUACAGGUGAACCUGUACAGGGAGGCUGACAGGAAGAAGAAGAGGGACAAGAAUGUUUUGAUCGGUUCCGUCAGCAUACCGGUGCACAACGUCACGUCUCGUUACCUGACGGAGAAAUGGUACACCGUGGUGGGGGAUAAAGGUCCCCUGAAGGAACCCCCGGCACUAAGGGUGAAGUGUCGUUUUCAAUCCGUGGACAUAUUGCCGGUUCAAGUGUACCAGGAGUUCUUGGAAUAUUUGAAGACGGAUUACGCGUCGCUGUGCGAGAAAUUAGAGCCGGUGAUCGGUGUCAAAGCUAAGGAGGACAUCGCCACGGCUUUGGUCGCCGUCAUGCAGCGCGAAAAGAAAGCGCCUCAAUUUCUCGCCGACUUGGUCAUGAUGGAUAUACACAGAAUAGACGACGAGAGGCUCACCUUUCGAGGAAAUUCCUUGGCCACGAAGGCGAUGGAGGCCUACUUGAAGUUGACGGGAGACAGGUACUUGCAAGAGACCUUGGGGGCUGUUGUAAGGGGAGCGGUGGAGGGUGGCGACUGCGAGGUGGAUCCGCUGAAGGUCGCCUCGGUGGCGGCCCUUCACAAACAGCAACAGAAUCUACGAAACGCCGUGGAACUCGCCUGGAGCAGGAUACUAGCCAGCCACGCUCACUUCCCUCUCGAAUUACGCGAAUGCUUCCGUAUAUUCCGCGAGCGCCUCGCUGACAUGGGCCGCGAGGACAUUGCCGACAAUCUGAUCUCUGCCUCUAUAUUCCUCAGAUUCCUGUGCCCUGCCAUUCUGAGCCCGUCCCUCUUCAACAUUACCCACGAAUACCCAAACGAAAAGGCGGCAAGGAAUCUCACUCUCGUGGCAAAAACGCUUCAAACUCUGGCAAAUUUCACGAGAUUUCAAGGAAAGGAAAACUUUAUGGAAUUUAUGAACGAUCUUCUGGAACGUGAAGCUCCAUCCAUGAAAAAUUUUCUUCAACUGAUCAGUAGCCCCUUGCCAAAGGAUGCUCCAGCCAAUAAUUCUUUAGAGUUCGACGGAUACAUAGAUCUGGGAAAGCAAUUGUCUCUUCUGCACGCGCUUCUACGCGAAAGUUUGGUCACGAUAACCUCGUUCUCCUCGUCACUGCCUCCAUCGAGAUUACCAGAGAUCCUCGAGAGGAUCUCCAUAGCCCUGGAUCAAUCGGGUCCGAGUCCAGUGGCCGCCUCUCAUCGGUAUCCAAAUAUACAGAACAACAUCUUCCGCUAUAACGACCCCACGAUUGCGAACAGCAACACCAACCUGUCUGUGUCGGCAACGUCCACGUUGAGCAAUCACAGCACGUUGAACGGGACGAUCAGAGACAGCAACGAGGUGUUGCAAUCGAACACGCUUGGGCACAACAGUUCUCGCAGCCCCAACGUAACCAGGGCUGCCACUCUUCCUCGCAACGCUUACAUGCCGACCAAUGGAAAGUUGCAACUGCAAAUUACCACGGACGACUAUCCUCUCGAGCCACCAGCCUUCGUGUCGCGCUCGCCUACGCCCAUAGUGAGGCAACACAGGGCAAUAGGGUCGAGCAGAACAGGAGCUGGAUACAGGUUGACAGCCAGUGCGAGUCUGGCGAACGUGAACCACUGCCAGACACACCCAGCCAGUCCUACAAGGUCGGAGAGUCACAGCAAUUUAAAGGAUUCCAACUACAACAUUACCACGUCACAGAUCAAUCAGGCGAACAAUUGUACGAUUAUGGGCCAGCAACAACAGAAUCACAGACACAACAUAGCGCGAUUACAGAACCUGGAUAUCCACGACAGAGAGGACAACUAUAACCAUAACAAUUACAACGUCUCGAGGUCAGCCAGCAGGAAUCAUUGCAACAAGGAAGAGAACGCGAACCAGAUGCAGCAUCAGAAUUAUAAUAACGUGUCCAAGACCACCGUGAAUGCCAAUGUCGUGGUGAAUCCCUCGUCGAAUCUCACUCUGUCUAUUAAUCAGCCAAACAACAAUUACACCAAUAGCAAGACGAACAACACGACUGCCAACGGAAACCUGGACGAGCUAUCCGAUCUGUUGAGGUACGCUGACGACGAAGUGUCGGAAUCAAAAUCUCAGAAAGGAUCCCAAAUAUCAAUUUCCCAAUUGAGCAAUGUUGCCUCGUCGGGUUACCAGAGCUUCGCUGCUUACAGUCAAAGCUCCAGCCCCGUGGAUCUCAGCAGCAACAAUGCAAACGCACAUAUACUCAAUGCAGCACCGCUUGCUUUCGCCAAUCCUGUUUACCACAUGGAAUCCAAUCACGGAAGGAACGGCAGAAGAGGUAGCAGUAGCUCGGAGGAAAGGGACGGAAGUGGUGGAGUAGAGGGCGUGAGAGGCGUUGAUCUCAGCCCUUCGCCACCGCCUCAAAAUAACGUGAGGAAUAUGCAGAGAAAUAACCAGAACCAGUGGAGGCAAGCCAACCAAACGCACAGGAAUAAUUCAGACCAGAACCAGGGUGUCUGUUGCACGAAAUUGAGGAGGAGGCUGUCACUGGACUCGACGCGAGAUCUGUCCGACACUAGUGAGGAGGAAAGCUGCACAACGAGGAGGAGCAAAUCUCGCAGUCAUCGAAGCAUCGACCAGUACGAAGUGGAAAUCGAGAGGUUGCAGAGUAGCGUAGAUCGACUGAGGGCCCGGUUAGGCGCAACCGAGGAUACCGAUAUAGAUGGCGUUGCACCGGAUACCAAGAUGAAGAGCAUCAUUUCCAGGUUAAUCUCUGUGGAGGAGGAACUACGACGCGAACAACAGAAGAUGUCGGCUGCGUUGUCGUACAAGCAGCGCGUGAUCGAUGCGCAGGAGCAGCAAAUAGCCGCCCUGGACGCCGCGAAUUCGCGUCUAAUGACGUCAAACACAAAACUGUUGUCCGCAUUGAGCACCCUGAAACAAAGAUACAACGCGAAAACGAAUCAAUCAAGCAGCGAGGCGGCCGCGUUGCUGCAGAACAUCGUUGAUAUCGGCGAGCUUAAAAGCUCAUCCUGUUAAGAAAGAAGAACGAGCAAUCAGCGCCACUUGGACGUCGUUACAUCUGUUUCCUGUUCGAAGACCGGACCGACAUCCGAUAAAUCAGCGUACAAGUUGAAGAAUCGCGAGGCAAAACGAUGCUUCUGAUGAAAUAUAUGAUUAAAAGAGUCUCGAAACGACUCGAUUGCUCGCAUUAAAAAACGCUCUAGAAUAUAUUCUAGAAAAGAAAGAGCGAAGAAAAAGCGAUUGGUUCAAAGUUCGAUCUACUUUCGAUCAAUCGUAGGUAAAUUUCGCUGUUUCUUCGGUUGGUUCUUAUCUGAAAAAAAUACAGUAAUCCUGCGAUAAAUUCGCAGGAUAUUAGGUAGGUUUGACGAACCUAGGCAAAAAAGAAAUACGAGCAAAUAGAGAACAAAGAGAGAAAGAGAGAGAGAAAGAAUGUGUGAAAGGCGUGCGAAAAUAGAGGCUACCUAGUAAAUAGGCAAAAUGGUUUAAGUAGAUAAUUUACGUCGAGUUUAAUGUGACACAUAGCGUUUAGAAUUAUUUGUAUCAAGUCUGGCUGAGAUCUCGCUUCGUUCACGAAAGCGAAUAUUCGUAAGUCAGCUCUCGUUCGAAGUCGAAAUUGACAGAAAGUUGAUCGAUCUUUAGUAUCGUUAAUCUCUUUUUUUUUUUUCUUCUUUAUCAUUUGAUCAAUAUUCGUGUAAUAUUCGUCCCAAACGACUUUUCUUCGUUCGAUGUGAACGUGCCAGAAAGUCGACGACAUUCGAGGGACAAAUUGGAUUUUUUGUUCAACUUGUAAAUAUUGGAUAAUUUUCUAAAUAGAUUGACGAAUAAUAAUGUGAUCGAUCGAAUCAUUUGGCAGUGAAUGAAAACGAGAGAUAAAAAGACAUGACGAGCUCCAGUUAAAUAGUGAACGACAUCUGUCUCUUCUUUCGUUUUACUUUCUUCUACGUUUUCAUUUUUCCGUUUUUUUGUUAUUCGUUCUGCAUCGUGUAUACGUACCUUGACGCACAGCCACACUGGAAACGCUAGUUUGAUGUACGGAGAAGUUAUACUGUGGAAAUACUUUGAAAUACAAGAUUUACAAAUGUAUUUUGUUUUAAAUAUUAAAAAAAAAGUUCUGAUAGAUGUAAAUUCUGGAAUUGUUUGAUUUUGAAGAAUAGUUAUUUUUUUUAAAUUUUAAUAUAUCGUUUAAAGUAUAAUCAAGUGUCAGUAAAUUAAAAGUUAUAAAAAAAUUAACAAUUCAAUGUUGAAAAAAGUUUUAAAAAUUGACAUUGAUAUAAACGUCGAUUAUUGUUUGCAAGUCUGAAGUUUUGAAUUAAUAUUAGAUGUUAGGUAAUUUAUAGAUAUAUAGAUAAUUUAAUUAAAGAUAAAAUAUAAGAAAAUGUGUUCAUUCAAAUAUUUUUAAAUAUCUGUGCAAAAUGGCUUCCAUUGGCAUAUAUAUCAUAACAAGUUCUAGAUGAACAAUUUUUACUUUUUAUAACACAUGAGACUUGAAAAAAAUAAUAUCCUGAUAUGACUAUAUUUUAAGAAUAUCUUGAAUAUUAUUUUAUUAGUUUAUUAUUACUUAUAAUGUUAUUGAUUGACAUUCAAUUAUUGGCUUCAAAUAGACUAUGUAUAGCAAUUUCUAGUUUCUAAGUUUCAGAUUCUAUUAAAAAUCUAUCAUCAUAAACGUGACAAUAUUUUAAUUAAUCCAUCCUAUCAUAUUUCAUAAAAAUUAAAUAAUUGUAGGACUCGCAUUUAUUAGAAUUUGUUUUCUAAAUUUUUUAAAUUGAAAAUACAUCUGUAAAUCAAAUGAUAAUAUGAUGAUACACUCCGUAUAUUGUAUUAUUAAUAGCGUUUAUCAUACCAACGUGUAAUAUUCUCAAGCACACCGAAUUCUACUUCAGAAUUUUAUUGUAUAUGCGUGUAUAUUUCUCUAAUUUACCUCCUUGUGCGCUUCUCGUAAACAACAAAAUGGACACGAUAUUUUUUCUGUUCAUAUGUUGUGUAUCGUCGUUAUUAAUAUCUUUCAAACAAGACGCGUUAUCUUCUUCUCGGGCAAUGACAAGUCUUUUUGCCAGGUAUCGGAUAAAGAAGAGAACGAUGAAAUAAGAUAAAAAAAAAAUUAUUCGAGAAGCCAAAUUUUUCACGACCGCGUUCUGUGGAAUCUUCUUUUUUGAGGAUUCAAUCCAAUUCUUACUGUAAGUGACAAUAUAAUUUAUUUAGUAGUUUCUACCAAAGAUGUGAAGAAGUUUUUCAUUGUAAAAAGAGAGCAUCGAGAUUUGCGUGUAAGAUAUUUUCCGUUAUUGCGCUUCGCUCGAGCCGAUCGAUUGUUUAAAUAACACAUCGAAGUAUCGAUCGAUUAACGAGCAUCGGAAAGAAAAGGACCGGUUGCACGAUGUAAAAAA